UGUUUUUCUUUCUACCUCUCUUCUAACUCUACGUGACGUCAUCGCACAACAGACGGAUCAGUAAACGCUCUGCAAUAUUCGUUUACCGCUUGUCUUCUCCCUUCCAAGUUAUUUCCGUGUCUAUCAUUCUUCCAGCCGUACAAAUAUAUUUUAAAUACAUAGUAUCUAACGAUACCAUUAUUUUUAGUUCGUUAAUUCAAUAUAUAUAUAUAAAUAUGGAUUAGAGUGCAUAAUAUUCCUUCUUUCUAUUUUUACCUUGCUGAUUCUGUUAUUGUUAAUUUAACUUUAUCCAUUAUUAACAACUAAAUUUUCCUCCCCAUCUUUCUCUGUCUAUCUAUCUUUAUUAACUGAAAUAAAGAAGGAAAAAAUAGAGAAAUAUACAUACAUAUAUCUACUGGACAUACACCAAACAUCAGUCUUAAUUUUCUCCACCUGUUUUAUUGUUUUUACGGUUUGAAAACAAUAACUCAGAACGAGAGAGGAGCGAAAGAAUAAGAAAAAAAAGAAAAAUAAUAAUAAUAUUGAUAAUAAACAGGACAAGAAAAGAAAGGAAAACUUUUAACAGAAACUGCCACUUUUAUUAUUUAUACAGCGACGCGACUCGAACGUUUUUUUUAAAGAUUUAUAUACAUUUACUGGUUUAAACUCGAGUUUUAAAAGAUUUUACUAAAUUUAUAUCAGUUUUUUUUUUCUGUGAACGAGAGGAAAGUUUGACAAAAGCCGACAACUAUUUGUCAUUAUUGCACAAUUAAGUCUUCAUAUGCCAGAGAUCAGAUUUGAAAUUUGACGAAAGUACAGAUAGUGAUUCUGAUCAAGAACUGUUUGACAUUUCCAAUUUCCUUGUAUAUGAGUGGUUUGAUCUAAUAAACCUGGACUACGAAUCUUAGUUAUUUAGUAUACAGUUGUUCUAUUAGUGUUUUUCAUUUGAUGGAACAAUGAAGAUAUUUGAAGAAAACACAGUGCUUACAGCACCCAGGGAACCUAAAACUGAUUACACUUACUCUGAGAGUAAGAGUUAUACUGUGAAAUGUGAUUCAAGCUGCAGAAGCCCAAAUAUGUCACGUCGAAACCUUCAUCGAAACGAUCUCUCGGGGUAUAGGGAAUCACCUGGGCAAACCCCUUCUUGUACUCAUUGGUUAAGGUCUCGUGAAAUAUAUUCAAAUACUUCUCCUAGUGAGGAAUCUAGCAUCACAUUUUCCAGUUACCGUUCAGAGACUUUCCGUACUGGACUAUUUGAUAGUGAUCUUGACAUCACAAAUCAAAGUCCGCAACAAGAGCAAUGGAGAAAAGAUGAACAGUGGAAUCAAGAACUGGAAGACCGGCGGAGACUUGAAGAGCAGCGAAGACUUGAAGAGCAACGGAGAUUUGAAGAGCAGCGGAAACUUGAAGAGCAGCGGAGACUUGAAGAGCAGCGGAGAAUUGAAGAGCAGCAGAAACAAGAUGAAGAAUUACGGAAAAGUUACUUAUUUAAUAUGGAAUCAUUAAGCAAAGAAUCUCCAAUGAAAUCUCACAAUAACACCAAAACUAUUUUGACAGUGAAAAACACUGUUACAGAGAUAUAUGAUGAUGAAUCUGAUAAAUAUACAGAAAAGGGAAUUCAAGAAGCAAAUCUGAGUAAAGGUUCUCAGAGAGAAGAAGCAACAUAUGCAUCAGGUGACUUUGUGAAAGAGAGCCGUACUAAACAAGUGACAACCAAUAUGUAUGACUAUGUCGAUUCUGAGGAUUUUUCAAUUGGCAGUAGGAGUAGUGGUUACUUGAGUGAUAAAAACAAAGAUUCCAGUACCCUGACUAAAACAAGCUACUACAGUGAGAUGCAUGCUAACUCUUCUGACAGGCCCCAGAACCAUUACAGUCUCUGGAAUAUGGUGACUUCUUCAUCUAACUAUUUAACUACAAAAUGCUCAGCUGCUGCAGCAGCAGUUGCAGGUGGAAUGAGCAAAAUUGGAGGAAUCUUUAGAAAGGAAGAGACAACAAAUGUCAGGCAUAUGUAUGGUCUUGAUUCAGAUUCUGAGCUAGAUUAUAACAAUGACACUGACAGAUACAUUGAAAAAUCCCAUGAUUUCCAUUACACGAGACCUAAGAACAGGAGAAGAUAUCAGGACACUGCGCUUAUCAAGGAUAAUCAAAAGAGUAAUCAAAGUUUUGUCACUAAAUGUGUUACAUCAGUUGUAGAAUGGUUUGUUCCUUAUGAAACAUCUGCAGAAUCACAAAGCAGAAGUCGGCGUUGGCUUUGUUGCUGCUGUCUACCACUGUUGUUGCUGUUCCUUUUACCUCUUCUCCUGGCAGCAUUGUGGCCAGUUGCUGGAGUUGCUGAAAAAAAUUCCACCUACUUCAUCAAUCGCUUCUUCAUCCUGCCACUUUUCAAUAAUAAAUCAGAACAGCAAACUAUAGCUCCAUUACCAGUUAGUACAACAAACCUGUCCCUUGAACGACGGAUCAGUGAAUUGAUGGUACAGCUGCAAGCUACACAGGAUAAGCAAAAAAGUCAACUAACUCGUGCUGAUGUUGAACUGAUAGUCAAAGAACUCCUUUCAGGCAAAUUAGCAGGCUUAUCCGGUGAUCUUCACGAACAGAAAUUGAAAACAACUGCUGAAAUGGAACAAUUAAAACUCAACCAAGCUCAGACUAUGGAUGAAAGAAUUGCACCUCUUAUUGCUGAAGCUAAGUCAUUAGGCUUAGAGUUAGAAGCACUGAAGUCAGGCCUAGAAAGUAAUGAUGCAAGCAAUGACGAAAGCAAACUUAAACUUACCAAACUCAAUACUGUCCUUAACAAUGUAAUGUUAGAACUAGGUCAGUUAAAAGACUUCCAGUCCACCUAUUUGAAUCUAUUCAAAAAUUGUUGUAAAAAUGCCACUGCUUUCCAGUCUGCAGUCAGAGAAGAGGUUUAUGCAGCCCUAGUGAAGACUCUUGGCAUUGAUGGAGAUGAAGAUGGAGCCCAGUCUGGAUCAUCUAACUACCAAAUCCUAUCUUGGCUGCACAAUAACUACAUCAGUCGAUCUGAACUUGAAAGUCAGCUUAGUAGUCUUACUGAAAGCUUGACUGCAAAACUGAAUGAUAUGUUGGCCAAAGAGCAAGUGAAUAAAACAUUAUAUCUUGGUGGAGUCACUUCUGGAAUUACUGCAUCGUUUGUUCGGUCAUUGGUUGAUGAAGCACUGGUGAAAUUUAGCGCUGAUAAAACUGGUUUGGCUGACUAUGCCUUAGAAUCAGGAGGUGGCAGUGUGAUAAGCACCAGAUGUUCAGAAACUUAUGCCAAGAAAACAGCACUUGUUAGCAUGUUUGGAAUUCCUCUCUUCUAUAAGUCUAAUUCUCCCAGGACGGCCAUCCAGCCUGAUGUUAAUCCUGGUGAAUGUUGGGCCUUCAAAGGAAGUAUGGGAGUUUUGGUUAUUCAACUUUCCCGUUUAAUACGAAUUACUGCCUUUAGCAUUGAACACAUUCCAAAAUCUAUUGCACCUUAUGGUCAGAUUGACAGUGCUCCAAAGGAUUUCUCCGUGUAUAGCCUGAAUGACAUUAAUGACCAGGAAGGCAUAAAUCUUGGAAAUUAUACCUACAUAGAGGAUGGAAAACCACUGCAACAAUUUCCUGUCCAAACACAGGAUGCAGCCCCAACUCAAUUAGUAGAAGUACGAAUAAACAGUAACUAUGGGAACUUGGAAUUUACCUGUCUUUACCGAUUCCGAAUCCAUGGAGUCCCAGAAAAUUAGCAAUAUUUAUAUUCUAUUUUUAAAGCUUAAAAGUAGGAGGGAGGGUGGGAUAAGGUUCUAAUGUAUUUUGUGUUUUUUUAAUUGUGUUUCUCGUUUAAUGUCUGACUACUGUCAUUUUGUCUUGAAGUAUUUUAACUGUCCUCAUUAUGAUUUUUAAAUAUUUGUCUUUUAAAAAGUUUAUUUAUUUUAUAUAGCAUUUGUCCAGCUUGUAGUAAACAUGUUAUUUUCUUUGCCAAUUUGUUUUUCUUGUUAAUUAAUCUUUCUUUCAUAAUUAUUAGCUUUGUCUUUGUCUCUUCUGGACGUCUUUGUUCGUUUUUGUAUCAUAUAGUCAGUCAUUAGUAUUACAGUACACUUUGUACAGUAAUACAGGUCGCUAACUCCACACAAGUCUCAUAUAUAUAGAUAUAUAUAUAGUACACUGCUAAAUUUGAGGUCAACCUUCAAGGAUGAACCUUUACUUCUUGUAAUGGUAUCAGUUCCACAUGUUGACAAUCAGUUUACAGUUUACACUUUACCGGAGGGAAAAGAAAUAUCAAUUGUUUUCCCUCCAUCUUGUUUAAUUGAAUUAAUAUUUCUAAACCAUUGUAAUAUAUUUGCUUCAUGGUUGUGUCUUUUUUAACUCACACUGAUUCUUCAAUCCAUUCAUUAUUAUCAGCUUCAUUCAAUUUCCCCUACACAUGAAUUUUUGAUAUCCUAACUGGUACAAGCGCCAUAGAGUUGAGUAAAAGUUAAGCUCCCAGCAAAUUAUGUCUGUGAUCUAUUCUCGACAAUCAACUCUCAAUACAUUAAUUAUAGUUCACUACAUCUGUCUCACUAAUGUCCUUGAAAAAGAUAGGAAUCUCAUAUCAUAUUUCAUUUUCCCUUCCCUAUGAAAUUGUCUCUUCUGCCUCUGUCAAAAGAGCAUUUUAACAAUGGUUAACAUUGCCCUGUUAAUAAUGAUUAACAAUGGUUAAUUUUGUUGUUAAUGUUUAUAGUUGUUAUCUAAUAGUGCUAUGUUGACAUUGGUUAAUAGUGCAAUGUUAACAUUGGUUAACAGUGAAAUGUUAGUGUUUAACAAUUUUCUGUAAACAAUGUUCGACAAUGGUUUAAGUCAUUAGCAAAUGAAGAAUGGGGAGAGAGACUGAUCACUUAUCUCUCUCUCUCUCUCUCCAUCUUUGAUUUGUCUUGAAAUGAGAUGAAAAGAAGUAUCAUAUGUUUUUUUUUUCACAUAUCUUUCGUGUUAGUUCCAAAACUAACCAUUCCAGACCAUUAUAUAAUAGGGUUUCGGGUUUGUCUUUGUCCUCUCUCUUUCUGUCCCCCACCCCUCUCUCUCUCCAGCUCUGCAAGAAACCAUUAAUACCAGCUUACUAACUAUUCAUCAUGAGUUUACUCACUGUCUUGUAUUCUAAUUAUUCAUUGUGAACAUAAAUGCUAAUUGUAAUAAAUACUGUUUGGAUUGAAGAUGUGGCUAUUGAAACAAACACACACACAUACACACACACACACACAUAUAUAUAUAUAUAAAAUGCCAUUUAAAACAUUGAACAUUAUUAUAAUUAUGCUUUUUUUUUUAUUUCAUUUUGAAAAUUCUACAAUAGGUAACUUAACAAAAUGAUUUGUAAUUUGUAAUCUGUCAACUUUGUUUUGCUAUAAAAUCCAGUGAAAAUGUUUACUCAUAAAAUACAAACAAAAAAAAAUUACCAUUACUUUUUUUUUUUUUUUUUAACUGAAAACUUUCUGAACUGAAAUUAUUUAUGCAAUUUUAUUUUUGUUCAACCAUCACUUUUUUCUGAAAUACUGUUUUGUCAACCAAGUUAGUAAAUCUUAUUGUUGGCAUCUUGCUACUUACAUUCAUUUUUCUGAAAAAUAUAGUUACAGAAGGCAGCAACUUCAUUUCAUAGAGAUACAUUUCAUUACAUUCAUUUCAUUCAUUCACUUCAUAUGUAGAGGAAAUGCCUUAAUAAAAUAUUUUGAUAUU